ACAGAAAUAGCCAGCGAGCUGCAAGUCCAGAAUAGGUGCAGGAGGGUGAAAGGGUCAGCUGUCACCGGGGCAGAAAUGAGGCAGAGAGGGGGAGCGACUGAGAGUGGCAGAGGCUCCAUUAGCAGACACAAAGCAACAGGAAAUCAGACCUGACUCGCUCACAAAGACUGAAAGAGAAUAAGAAGAAAGGCAGGUCAGAAGGAGCUGGGAGCUGUUCGUUUUCUAUGAAAAGAGGAGGUCAAUUGCAGAUUUUAGAGACAGCUCCUUCAUCCAAACCAAGGAGACACUGAGCGUGUCAGUCAAAGCUAUGUCCGCUCUCUAUCUGUCAAAAGUGGCACCACAGGAUUCGACACACAGCCCUUUAAAACCGGCACAAGGUCAGUCAUCUGAAUCUGGGAAGAGGGUCAAACAGAUGGCUGAAGACUCCCAACAUACGAAAGAUGACAUCCCUCCACCUCCUUCUGGCAGACAUCAGCCAGGACCAGAAAACAUCCAUGGAGCACAUUCCCUACAGUCCAUGCCAGCCCAACUGUCCAAAGAAAAGCUACACCAACAGCGGCAGAAAUGUGAGCUGAGAAGGCUCCUGAAGCACACGCACCCUGAGCUGAAGAUGUUGGACGAAGUUGUGGAUGAGGAGCUUGCUGAGGUUUUGAGCUCAGAGACUGAGGUCACAGCUGGCGAAACUGGAUAUGAGGGAGAGGUCCUUUCAAGAUGUUUGAUAUUUGAGAACUGUGCCCUGACCAACAAAGUAUCUCCUUACACCCCCAAGAUGCACACAGCAGAGGGAACAGCAGAAAGAGGCGAUGUCGGUAAAAUGUCAGCUGUAUUUGGGAGACAUGAAAACAGGCCUUGUAAUGAAAGUGAGAAAGGGAUCGUGGAGGAUGAGAAAACAGUCUGUUCUAGUCCAGAUCCUAACAGAGAGUGUGAGGAGGAGAUGAAAAGAAUAGAUGUUCAGGCUACCAGGAGGAUGUUUGAGAGUCAGUCUGUGAACACGUCUGCACUAAAUUCAGAUAAUAAAGUCCAUGGGAAAGUUUCUGUUUCUGGGGGUCAGACAGGGGCAGUCCAAAAACAUAAACAGGUUUUUGACAUGUCUAGCACAGAGAAUGUACACAGCGAAGACAAAAACAAUACGUGUACCAAAAGUCUUGAUUUGAUAGAUCCACCCAAUGAACAAGACGAAUGGGUCAAUAUCACUGACCAAAACUCCGACCAUGACUUUUCUGAUUGGGAAGAAGUUUCUACUGGUGAAACAGUCUUUGAGGGUGAGCCUACGAGCCCUCCAGAUACAGAAGAAGUUGGGAAAAUAAUCAAAACAAGUACAGACCUUUUCCAAAACAAUCCAUUUAUCCCAACAAAUAUAGAAAGAGAGCAUUCCAGCGUGCAUGCCUCAAAUUCCCAAAGCCCAGCAGGAGACAGUGGGGCAGCUGAGGACUAUAUGAUAGCUAAUGUCAAGAACAGAGCCCACUUGUUUGAAUCAAUGCCAUUUGACAAAAUCAGGCAUCAGAACAAGGAUGAAAUUGAGACAAUGGUGGAGAACAUCAAAGAAACACUGAAUUCCCUUUAUCAUGUCAACGCCAUACAUUCAGAUGGCUCAAUCAUUGAGGUAAACGAGACUAUGAUAGCCAAAAAGGCAAAAUUCUCACUAUCAGAGAGUGGGCCUGAGAUAAAAUAUGAUGAGGUGGCUGAGGGUGGUGCACAAAACUUCAUACUUCAGUUGCUACCACGGACAAACCUAAAGCCUCAGAUCAUUUACCUAAAGGAGGGUAGCAAAGGAAGCAUGGAGGCCACAGUAGUGACUGUACCCUUGCACCAGCACCACUUCACCAUCAACCAAGACACAGAGUUUAAAACUGCCAAUGUGGUUCAGGUUGUUGAGGAUAUUCUCAAUCAAGAUAACUCUAUGCGGAAAGGAGUGAUUAUCCAGGAGGAUGCAGACAGAUGUGCUGAAGUCAUUGUUUACUCCCUCUACUAUUACUUUGAUGAGGAUGAUGUAAAAAGUUACUGUCCCCCACAAGGUGCAGAGUAUGAUGAACCAGAGCCAGAGAGAGGUGAUGUGUAUAAACCAGAUAAUCAAGAACUCAGAAAAGGCAUUAUCAAGUCAACCAUAAGCUUCCUCUCAGAAGCUUCUAAAGAUCAAACCUGCCAAGGAUCCUUGAGGCCUGAAAUCACAGUAAAAGGGAAUGUAAAACUGUUCAAGAGUUGUAUUGAAAAGGGAGAUUUGGAGUAUUUGAAAACUCUUCGGGCCGAGCCAACAGUGCAAGAGCAGGACCUUCCUCUUGAUCAAAAUGUGGCUGGACAAGAAAUAGGUGUUCAUCAUGAACAGAGAGGUGAUCAAGAAGAGGACAGCACUGCAGAGUGGGUCCCAGUGGAUGUAAACAGACUGAAAAAUAUGUUCUCUGGGGACCAAAGACCAGUUCAACCCAAGCAAAAUGCUCCUGAAAAGAAACAGUCCUCUACAAAAUGCAAUGUUGGGGUUUUCUCCCAUGGGCAAGCAAAGAAUACUUGUAGGGAGUGUGGUGGCCAAACACAAGAAGAAGCAUGCAACACUUCAACUGCACCACGGGGAUCAUAUCUACACCUUGAUACACAGGAUGAUGGCAGGAUCCACCAGGCUGCACGAGUCGAGGUGGUGGAUGAUGUUGAGAUCUCUAACCUCCAAACUGCGAUUCAUAGCCUCCAACAGGCAACAACCGAAGCCAAAUCUUUGCAUCAAUCAUCACAAGAAAAACUGAAAUUCCUUGUUCAGGAAUCUUCCAAGGAACCCGAUGUCUCAGUUACAGCAGGUGAUGUCAAGAAUUCAAGAACAAAGGCAGAAUUACCUCGACAAAAUGAGGGCCAAAAAGAGGACUCAUGCACUGAGCCAAGGUGUCAUAAACUCCCAUCAGCCUCAGAACAUAAAUCACACCCCCAAAAUGAGACUACAGACACACGCUGUAUAGACACUAACUCUGAAGAAGUACAAACUACUGAGACAUGCAUAAGAAAGUGUCAAAAACACACAGAGGUUGUCUCGAAACAACAUUUUCAAGCUGCUUUGGUGUCUGCACAGAGUCCAGAAACAUCUGCUGCACAGCAAGAGGAUGAGGAAGUUGUUUUUCAGGGUAAACUUCAAGCAGCUUUGGACUCCCUGGAGAGAUCCAACAUCAAUGUCAGUAAAGGAGAUUUCAGAGCAGCUAUGAUAUACAGAAACUCAUCCAAACCUCACACAGAAAGAUCACAAAAUGUGGAUGCAGUGUCUCUUCAAAAGCCCACUAAGGAGGAGUUUUGCCCUGUGUCUGAACCUAAAUCAACUCAAGCACAACUGAGACAAGAGGUCCCCGAAGAACAAGUGACUGCAGCGAAUGCACAGCCCCAAAGCCAAAGUGAAACCCUAAAUAAAUCAACUAAAAGAGCUGCCACAGAGAAAAGCAAAAGACCUGUUGGUCCAAAACCAGCCCUCCCACCUAAACCUGAGCAUCUAAAAGUGAAAGAAAGAGACAUUGAAUCAGCCAACACAAAUAAUCCUGAGGCACCUCAAAUUAAUACUGUGAGACCCAAAGAAACAGUUCCCCAACCACUGCCAAUGACACUGAUGUCACAUAGUGAUUCAGUGGAUCAUCAAAGAAAUAAGCUUUUUGAUGAAGCUACACAGACGUCUCAGGAAAUUAAAGUAAGGCAUCAAAUCCAAGGUUCAGCUGUUAUCUUGGAAAGUGAUAACACAGAUAAGAAUACCAUUAAGCAACAACAGGAGAUAAACGCCACAGCUGAAGAGAAAAGCCCACAGGAUUUCCCAAUCAAAGAUAAUAUGAAUGAAACAGAUGAAAGCCAUGUAGAUUUUCAUGAAGCGUGUAAGAAAUUUGGAGGUAAAAAGGCAAAGAAUGCUCCUGCAAAGCCAAAAAGAGUAAAACUGGCCCAUGCUCACAACAAAAACCAAAAACACAUGUCUAGGGAUAAUUCCUCAGCUCUUCCAUGUGUGGAUGGGGAACCACAGCAAACUCUAACUGGUCCAACGUGCAAUAAUCCAAACACACGUGGGCAAACUGCUGACAGCAAAGACAAGCACGGGAAAGACAGGAAACAAGAAAGCAAAGUUGAGAUGAGGGAAAAGAAAGGACGAGCCGAGACAGAGGACGAACGCCGACAGAGGCUGUCAGUUCACAUGGAUGAGAUCAUGAAAGGGAACAUAACAACAGCCAUGGAAAUUUUUGACAACCUGCGAAAGCAGGAGGAACUGCAGAACAUUCUCAGUCGAGUUGAAGAAAUUGAAAAGGACACGAGCGAGGUCGACGUAAGAUCCCUGAGGGGAGUCUUCGAGAACGUUCCUGACUGGGUUGUCAGCUCUGACAAAAGGAAACAAAAAAAGGCAAAAGCAGAAAACAAAGAAGAGAGGCUGCCAUUAACAAGAGGCAACACUGAAAGCAAGUCCUCAAUGGCACAUGUUUUUGGAGAUCUUGAGCGAGCCAGUGAGGAAAUCAUGAAUCUUAAAGAACAGACUUUAGCUAGACUCAUGGACAUAGAGGACGCCAUAAAGAAGGCUCUUUAUUCUGUCUCUACCUUAAAAUCUGACUCAGAUAUUGCUGGGUUAUCAUGUCUGUUCAAAGAGUCAUUAGGGACAGGGCAACGAUCCCCAUCAUCUGGUAAUAUCAGCAAAAUAAGCAUUGGGUCAAGCAGAAUGAAAUCACCGCAGACACAGGAAAGCCCUACAGCACAAAGAAACACAGCUCUGCCAGUUAGCCAGAGCGCAAACAUUGAAGUGGCCUCUGCAAAACAACGAGCAAGUCCUCCAUCUUCGCCUGCCUUUAUCUCCAUCCAGUCAGCUGCUAGAAAAACCGAUAAAACUGAGUUGCUACCACCAGAGACCACAAUCUGCCCAACAUGUCAACACAGCGCAAAGACAGAGGAGACAUUCCGGACCACUAAAACGCUGACAUGCAACAGCCCUGCUCAAAUCAGAAAAAGGGACCCCAGAAAAGGAGGUCAAAAGCAAUCCUCCCACAACCCUAAACGAGAGCUCAGUGUACUCGAGGUGCAGACUGACUGUGAUGGGAACAGUAUCACGGGCACCAAAACAGUCACAGAGAACUAUGAGAGGACUGAUAACUUAGGAAACCGGUUUUACUCUUCUAAAACCUCCACUGUUGUCACUGCUCAGCCAGAAACUACAACAUCCACAGGUCAGACCAGUCCGGCUACGUACCAGGUCACCAAGUACCCAGAAGUCUGUCUGCCAGUCAAUCAGAAACCGUAAAUCAUUCACAUACAGGUGCAGUUUGUCACCUGUUAGCCCAGUGUUUUCAUAUAUUUUAUGACAAAGUUGUGUACAUAAUUUUACUCACAAAUAUAUGAAUUAUGUUGGUUAUUAUUGUUUGUUUGUUUGUUUAUUUAUAAGAGGUUAUUGGUUUAAGAUUUUCUUAUCUAUCUUAAGAAUUUGUUUGUAGAUCAUACUCUUUACUGUUUUUGAUUUUCAUUUGGAAUUAAAGAUGUGUUAUUGGUUUUCA